AUGAGGGGGCUGCUGCUGCUGUGGGCGUGGGCGGCCGCCGUAUGGCUGGCCGUCAGCGCCGUGGCGCACCCCGGCAGAGGAGGCGUCGGGGAGCAGCCGCUGUCCAGGAUCGCCGUCGAGAGGGUGGUCCUCGCCGUCAACGACGCGGCGCACGUCAAGGCGUCCCCUUUGGUUCUUGGGCACAAGGGAGAGAACAGUGAAUGGGUGGAUGUAGAGUUCUUCCACCCGAACCCAUCCGGCGACGAUUGGAUUGGCGUCUUUUCUCCUUCGAAUUUCAGUGAUGCGAUCUGUGAGUCUGAGAAUACGGGUCCCCCCGUGCUGUGCACUGCACCUAUCAAGUACCAGUUUGCAAACUUCAAAAAUGAUGGCUAUAACAAGACUGGAAAGGGCUAUCUGAAGCUUCAGUUGAUCAACCAGAGGGAAGAUUUCUCCUUCGCACUUUUCUCAGGCGGUCUCUCGAAGCCCAAGCUGAUUGCUGUAUCCAACAAGGUAGCAUUUGCGAACCCAAAGGCACCAGUGUACCCACGUCUGGCACAAGGGAAAUCUUGGAAUGAAAUGACAGUCACCUGGACAAGUGGCUACGAUAUUACAGAAGCAGUUCCUUUCGUUGAAUGGGGCGAGAAAGGAGGACGCCGGCUUCUUGCUCCAGCUGGAACAUUAACAUUUGACAGAAAUAGCAUGUGUGGCUCACCGGCACGAACUGUUGGUUGGCGCCAUCCUGGUUACAUUCAUACUAGCUACCUGAAGGAUCUAUGGCCAGACUCACCGUAUACUUACAGGCUUGGCCAUAGGUUGAUGAACGGGACCCGAAUCUGGAGCAAGUCAUACAGCUUCAAAGCAUCGCCUUACCCUGGACAAGAUUCCUUGCAACGAGUUGUCAUAUUUGGAGACAUGGGAAAGGCAGAGGCUGAUGGUUCGAACGAGUUCAACGACUUCCAGCCCGGUUCGCUGAACACUACUUACCAGAUCAUCAGGGAUCUUGAAAACAUCGACAUGGUGGUCCACAUUGGGGACAUUUGCUACGCGAAUGGCUACUUGUCUCAGUGGGAUCAGUUCACUGCACAGAUCGAACCAAUCGCUUCAACGGUGCCAUACAUGAUUGGCAGUGGUAAUCAUGAGAGGGAUUGGCCUGGCACUGGUUCGUUCUACGGAAACCACGACUCCGGCGGAGAGUGCGGUGUUCCUGCCCAAACUGUGUUCUACACUCCAGCUGAGAACCGUGCGAAAUUCUGGUACGCGACAGACUACGGCAUGUUCAGGUUCUGCAUCGCAAACACCGAAGAGGACUGGAGGCCGGGGACCGAGCAGUACAGGUUCAUCGAGCAAUGCCUGUCGUCUGUGGACAGGCAGAAGCAGCCAUGGCUCAUCUUCCUCGCGCACCGUGUUCUCGGCUACUCGUCCUGCACCUACUACGAAUCGGAGGGCACGUUCGAGGAGCCCAUGGGGCGGGAAGCGCUGCAGGAGCUCUGGCAGAAGUACAAGGUCGAUCUCGCCUUCUAUGGCCACGUCCACAGCUAUGAAAGGACAUGCCCCGUCUACCAGUCUCAGUGCGUCGUCGACGGAUCCGACCACUACAGCGGCCCGUUCCAGGCGACGACGCACGUCGUCGUCGGCGGCGCAGGAGCCAGCAUUUUCGAUUCUGAGUUCACCACCUCGAAGAUCCAAUGGAGCCACUUCACCGACUUCGACCAUGGGUUCGUCAAGCUCACGGCCAUCAACCACUCCUCCCUGCUGUUCGAGUACAAGAAGAGCCGCGACGGCAACGUGUAUGACCAUUUCACCAUCUCACGCGAUUACCGGGACAUCCUCGCUUGCUCCAUCGACAACUGCCCCCGGACCACACUGGCUUCCUGA